GCUUUUUGCAUUUUCACCUGUUUUGCCUUUCCUUGUUCGUAAUAUUUUUUUUUCUUUCUCUAUCUUCUUUUUUUUCUUUACCUUCUUAUUAAUGCUGGUUCCAUCAGCUAAUACUGUCUUUAUUGUACGCCAUGGAGAAAGAUUAGAUCAUGUGCAAGAACUAUGGCAACCAGAUCCGGCCCAUGGUAUCUGGGAUCCGCCACUUUCUCCUCAUGGUCAUGAACAAGCAAGGAGAACGGGUCGUCACUUGAUUGACAUGAUGCAUGAACGUGGACUGGAUCCCGACGAUGCCACCAUCGUCAUUUACACUUCCCCUUUUCAGCGAUGUAUUGACACCAGCAUUGGUCUUGUCCACGGUAUGGAGGCUGCCAAACCGCCGAUAUUACGGCUCGAUCUAGGACUGGGGGAAUGGAUGUGCGAGCGGUUUUUUGAUCAGGUGUGUCCUGCACAGCAACUUCUUGCACGUCAGCAGCAAGAAUUGGCAAGGCAACAAGCGCUGACGUAUGCUGCUGCAGCCAACCCAAAUAUGUAUAUUUCCCAGUCACUGCUUCCUUCCAUGCAUAUCGAUUAUGGUUUCACGGCGACUGUCACCGAUUUUGAAUACCCCGAAUACUAUACUGACAUGUUGCAACGAUUCAAUCGUGCACGGCUUGCAUGUCUAGGAAAUGUGGCAAAAGGAUUACCAAAGAGCCACUCUCACGAUCCAUCGAAAACCGUCAUCAUCAUGGUGACCCAUGCUGUCGGUGUCAAUGCAUUACUUGACAGCUUUAGAAAUCGAGUGACACGACCAGUGGAGACCAGCUACUGCAGCGUUUCGUGCAUUGAAUGGCAUAAUCCGAUGCAUUGUUUGGACGGGUCAUCCAGUGAUCAAAGCGAUGAUAACAUGAUGGAUGAUGACGACGAAGAAAAUUUAUACGCCGAACUAGCACCCGCAUCUAAUAAUUUUCAGCACAAGAGCCGCUGGAAGAUUACCUUGAGUGCUUCGGGAACCCAUCUGCAACCCACCACUUGAGAUGACGGACUCAUAUUUCUUUCAAAACGAUUAGUCCUACUGUAUGCCCUCUUUUUAUGGUUAUUCCUGAACAUCCAUUUUUUCUACUUUAGUAUAUCCCCCCAUCACACUCAUCCAUCCAUUAUUACCUGUUUUUAUCCGUUCCCUUAGCAUUACUUGUCAUCAAACAAGAACGUAAAAAAGUAAAAAAGAAAAUCGCUUUGGAAUCGCCUUGGGCUAAAUUCACUCCCUAACUCUAUAUUAGGUUUUUCUUGAACAACGUUUUGUUCACUCUUUUUGUUGCUCCUGGUAUCCCUUUUUACGUAUUCAUAUGGUAAAAAUCCGGC